UGUUUCUGGCUUAUCAAAAAAAAUUAUUACAUCUAUGAUUCAUAAGAGCUACACUAGAAAAAUAUCUUCAGCGUGCAAUUUUUCCAUUAUGGAAUAUAAAUUAAUAACGGAAGAACGUUUUGACGACGUCGUACGUCAUUUACGUGAUUCGUUUUUUGCUGAUGAACCACUUAAUAAAGCGGCCGGUUUGUGUUGCAAGGGAUUGGGAAAUCGUGAAUUGGAACAGCAUAGCUACGAGACGCUUGAGGAUCAUUUAAGUUUGAUGGCAGUUGACGAAAAUGAUGAAAUUGCUGGGGUUAUUUUGAAUGGUGUGUUAUUACCUGGUGACAUUAAGAGUGCACAAAAGAAGCUGGAAUUAAGCGAUGAUGAAAAUUUCAAAAAGAUAUUUCAAUUACUUUAUUCCCAUAAUCAAAAAGUUAACAUAUUUGAACGCUUCAAUGUGGAUAAGGCUUUUGAUGUGCGCAUACUUUCAGUAGAUGGGCGCUUUCGCGGACAAGGCAUAGCCAAGGAAUUGGUGCGACGUAGUGAACAAGUAGCUAGAGAUUUUGAAUUUAAGUUAAUGAAAGCCGAUGCAACAGGUAUAUUUUCACAGAAGAUACUUAAGUCAAAUGGUUUUGAACUACUUAUUGAGCAGUAUUACAAUAAAUACACAGAUGAGUUUGGAUAUCCUGUGCUUAAUGUGGAAUCUCCACACAUUAAACUACAAUUGCUUUACAAAUAUUUAGAUUAAAUCAAAAUAUAUACUUUUUUAUGCAUUUCAAAUAUUUAUUAAAAGUAGUUUUAAAUCAUAAAUCAAGAUAUAUAUUGAAA